AUGGUCCACGCGAUCACGACGGGAAAGAGCGCCAGCGCGGCGGCGGCCGAAAAGACCGGCGGCGCCCCCGUGCGGCCGCGGUCGUCGGCGAAGCCGUUGGAUCUGUCGCGGCCGCCGGAGCUUCUAAACACGUCGCGCUCGAUCUGGGACAAGGUGGACAAGAUGCGCUAUGACGCGGUGUUCGGCAGCGAGGUGGCGGCGGCUCAGGCCGGCGGCGGCGCGCACACCGACAAGAACUGCAAUGUCGAGAAGGCGGUGAAGCGGAAGGCCGUCGAGAAGGAGCGCAAGCCAAGGAAGCGCAAGACUCCCGAGAAGCGCGACCAGGGAAGCUCGCCGACAAUGACGUCGCCCGCAGAGAAACGCGCCCCGUCACCGCCGCCGCCAUCGUCGUCAUCUCCGCCGCCUGCCAAGGCGAGGCCGGACAGCAAGACAAAGUCCUCCCCCGAGCAGACAAAGCCUGCUCCUCCUCCCCCGCCCCUGCCGCCACCGCCCACGCCUCCUCCAGCAUCAAAGACGUCCGCUCAUUCGUCACACCCGCCCGCUCAUUCGUCACACCCGCCCGCUCAUUCGUCACACCCGCCCGCUCAUUCGUCGAACCCGCCCGCUUAUUCUGCAUUCAAGCCUCCUGUGAAGGCGACGCGAACGCCGGAUUUGCUCGCUGGUAAGCCAGCGGCAGAGAGCACCAUCUGUCCGCACCCAUGGCCGAUGAUAAAGACACAGGAGGUGGUGACGACGAUGACGAUGGCGGCGACGACGAACGUGCAGGAGAACCACUAUUACCACCACCAUCAUCACCACCUGGAGGCCAUGGUCAGGGCUGGCAAGGAGGCGGUCAGGAAGUCGCACGGGAAAGCUCCUGCAUUUUUAGCUCCGUGGCUGCACAGGAAGAGCCCUGAUUCGGUUCAUCCACACGGGAAAGUUCCUGAGUUGAUCCCAGCAAGGAUGCAGGGGAAGGGUCCAGAGGGACCACGGCCGCACGGGAAGGUUCCAGAGUCAUCAUGGCCGCACGGGAAGGUUACAGAGUCACCACGGCUGUGCGGGAAGGUUCCAGAGUCACCAUGGUCACACGGGAAGGUUCCAGAGUCACCACGGCCGUGCGGGAAAGUUCCAGAGUCACCAUGGUCACACGGGAAGGUUCCAGAGUCACCACGAUUGCACAUGAAAGUUCCCAAACCACCACGGUCACUCGGGAAAUUUGCCGAUCCGCUGCGACCUUACGGGAAAGGGGCUGAACCACCUAGGGCGCACGAGAAAGCUCCCGAUCCGCUGCGACCUCAUGGUAAAGGGGCUGAACCACCUAGAGCGCACGGAAAAUCUCCCAAUUUAACGCAGUGGCCACACGGGAAGGUGUGCGAGUUCACACCACAGCGGACGCAGGGGAAGAGUCCCGAGUCAGUUCUCCCGCGUCCGCAUGGGAAGAGUCCUCCCGAGUCGGUUCUCCCGCGUCCGCACGGGAAGAGUCCUCCCGAGUCGGUUCUCCCGCGUCCGCAGGGGAAGAGUCCCGAGUCGGUUCUCCUGCGACCGCACGGGAAGAGUCCUCCCGAGUCGGUUCUCCCGCGUCCGCACGGGAAGAGUCCUCCCGAGUCGGUUCUCCCGCGUCCGCACGGGAAGAGUCCCGAGUUGGUUCUACUGCGUCCGCACGGGAAGAGUCCUCCCGAGUCGGUUCUCCCGCGUCCGCAUGGGAAGAGUCCUCCCGAGUCGGUCUCCCGCGUCCGCACGGGAAGAGUCCUCCCGAGUCGGUUCUCCCGCGUCCGCACGAGAAAUCGAAGAGCCCGACGUGGCAGCUGA